AUUUAGUCAGGUGUUUGUUAAUAAUUUAAUUUUAAAAACACACUAUACGUCACUUUAAGACAAAUGAUCUUUCAACAGUUCAAAAUUUAGGUGGGAGAAAUUACACACACCUACAAACUAAGUUUAUCACUUGCCAUGAAGUAAUAAGGGUUAGUAAUCUCGGAUCGGUGUCGAUACCAUGUUCCUUACGUAAUUCCCUCCACCGAAUCCGUUGAAACCCAGUAGAAGAGUACUUUAUGUCAUCAUAUUGGAUAAUAUACACACGAGCAAUAUUAUCAAGUAAGGACACAUAAAAUAUUUAUAACAAUUUUCUUUUUAAUAUGAAGCGCAAACAUUUCACGAAAUCAGACCGGCGAUGGUGCUAUACAUUGCUGAAAUUGAUAAAAAAGGCCACUAACCGAAACACGACGAAACGUGCUGCCGAAUCCCAAUGUCCAAAGUAUGGAAAAAAUAAGAAAUCUAACGAUCGCUGUGUCGCAGAUGAAGUUCCUCAGCUGUUUAACUUGUUUCUGAAGUCGAAAAAUGCAGGAAAUCAAGAGGAAUUGGGAAGAUUACUGGAGAAUUCUAAGAAAUUACAUAGUUUAGAAAAUAGAAAAUGUAAAAAUGCUGGGAAUCCAGCUAAAAAAAAAGUUUCUUUUGCUGAUGAUACCAAUGAGAGUGGAGAUACAUAUACACAAAAACACUGUGAUUCACAUUAUAGCUUCUUCAGGCAUUUCGAAAGUAAGAAAGAUAUGGCGAAGAAUAUUUUAGAGAAACAUAGUAUUAGGGAACAUGUGAAUUAUAAUUUUAGUGGAAAAGGUAUGGGAUCAUUAUCAGAUUAUUCAUCAAUGCAAGGACUUAUCACCAGAUUAAUGAAGCUAAAAAAUAAUUCACCGACCACAGAUUCAAAUGAAGAUAUAAGAGAACCUGUGGAAGUUAUUGAUGAUAACUUGGUAAAGUCAUUGGGUCCAAAUAGUUCAAGAAAAAAUAUUAAUGUACAAUAUGAGCUAACUAAAAAUAGUGUAAGAAAAAUUCCAUUCGGGUUUCUUACAGAGAUCAAGGAUGUGGUACCUGGGGGCAUUGAUGAAAUAAUCGAGAAGCACAACCAGCGAAAGAAUUCCAGUCCAGGAACGACCUUUUUGAAGGAAUUAGAAGUAACAACCAACUCUCCUACAACAAUAAGUUUUAUGAACAGAGAUGAAACUGUUGAUGAAGUUAAUAGCAAUACAGAGACCACCGAACCGCAAACCGCCGAAGAGAAAAAUAGUUCAGCCGUUAAUAAAAAAAUAAUAAGGAAUCACAGAGACAUUUCGAGUAGUGUCGGGGAGCAUUACAAGCGGGUAUCGUUGGCUUUGCAAAGAACGAAUAGCACUACAUCUAAAAGUGAGUAUCUGAAAGAAAGAAGAGAUGAGUUAAAUAAAGAUGAUCCUUUUGAUGGUUUGCAGGGCGUUCUACAAGGGAAUAUACGAGCAAUAACUACAGAUGUUGAUGGAAAGCUUACAAAAGUAUUAAAUAAUCACUAUUAUAUUGAAAGCAUGAAAUUAUCUGAAAAGAAUAAAAUGAAUGAAAGAGACGUUUCAAAGCAUUCUAGAUCAAAUGAGAAACCUAUACGUGGUAACUUCCAACUGGUAAGGAAUUUCACUAAAAUGAAAGAAAAGUGGCGGACAGAAGAAAAGAACGAGAAGGAACAUGCCGGCUGUGAAUGUUACCUGAACAAUCUGUUGACAGACAGAGAACCAAUUUGAAUAGUGUAGAAUUAUCAGGCGUAUCAGGACAGUUUCCGAAUAUUAAUUGUUGCUCUUGACAAACACGUAUUUUGUAUAGUUGUUAAUUCGUAACAGUUCAAAAUGUCGUCAACCUUCAUUGAAAAAAAGUUGUUUAGUAAUUACAUAAGAGGCCUUUAGAAGAUAUUGCUCAGAGUUAAUGGAUGGUAAGGGGGACGUGAUUUAUUUGGCAAAAAUAAAUGUGAAAUGAUUUUCAUAUU